AUGAGCUCUAACGAGAAUCAGCUAGAGACAAGUAUCUAUGUCGGCAAUGCACUAUCCGCUAUUCUAUAUGGUUACGGGGCCAUCCUUCUCCUUAUGCUGACGAUAUACGGUGUCAUGAUCCAGACCUUCGGCCAACUUCUGUGGAUAACCUACAGAGACACCUCCGGAGGUCCGCCGGUUUGGCUUGUGAAUCACAGCCAUAGCUGGUAUGGAGUUCUUGCAUCCGCUAUGACUACGAUUUCAAACACAAUGGGGGAUGGUCUUAUGGUAACGCUCGUUGACCUGACAUUCGACACGGCAUCUAACUCAUACUCAACAGCUUCGUCGCUGCUAUAUCAUACUUCAAAAAAGCAAGCGUCAUCUCAUCUUCCCCACCUUGCUAUACAGCGGGGUAUUUGGUCGGUCGUAUCCUCAAUCGUAACCACCAUUAAAGACGCCAGCCCACAAAGCAACUUCUGGGCGCUCACGUUUCUCCCUUGGGACGUAGCCUGGAUCUCAUGCACGGCAGCGUUCAACGCAACCGUGACAUUCAUGAUCUGCUAUCGUAUUAUGGCCACUAACUGGGCCACUCGCGACAUCUUACCGGCAAAAGUUCUGCGAACACACACAGGAUUGAUCUCUAUGAUGGUCGAAGGGACGAUCCCUUUCACACUUCUCGGAAUCGCCUAUGCAAUUUCGGAAGCGACUGAAAAUGUCUCACAAAUAUGCCUUUCUCGCGUGUGGAUGUUGUUCUGUGUUCUGUCACAGCAGUUUAUUAUUCUCCGCAUUGCGAUGGGCAUGGCGUGGUCGGAGGACACUGUGAAUCAAGUAGCCCUAAACAUGUCCCUGGAAGGUGGGGAAGAGGAAUCCCGCGUGAUGAGCGAGAAGCAGAGUGCAUAA